AUGCCUCCUGCCAUGGACAUUGACAUGACCCGCCGCAACAAGGUCCCUCGGCCUCUGAGCGACUCGGAGAGAGCUCGGCUUGAAGAGUUCAUCGAUAGCAUCCACUACUCGGCUCGCUACUCCGACAGCGAGUAUGAAUACAGACACGUUCAGCUCCCCAAGGCAAUGUUGAAGGCCAUCCCCAAGGACUACCACGAUGCCUCGCAUGGUACGCUCAAGCUGUUAUGGGAGGAUGAGUGGCGUGCCAUUGGUAUUACGCAGAGCUUGGGAUGGGAGCAUUAUGAGGUUCAUGAGCCCGAGCCUCAUAUCCUGCUGUUUAAGCGACCGCUCAACUAUCAGCCUCCUCAGUGA